AUGGGCGACCGUAGGCCGUCACAACUGCUCCGCGACAUGCGCAGCGUCAUGCCCGCCGGUAUCGGCGAGGAAGCCCUGAAAGAGUUCUGGUUACAGAAGCUGCCGUCCAACGUCAUGGCCAUCAUCGCCAGCCUCGACGCCCCUCUGGACUCCUUAGCUUCUCGCGCGGACAGAGUAAUGGAAGCGUCGAGCCCCCAGUCCGUCGACGCCCUCUCCAAGGACCAAAUGGCAGAUUUGGCUAGUGCGGUGUCAGCGCUGUCUCAGCAAGUCCAGUCGCUGACAAAGAUUGUCAACUCGUCGAAGGACGCCCCGCGGCAGCGACAACACUCAUCGACGCAGUGGGCCGCACAGCAACCAACACAGGCGUGCUACUACCACGAGAAAUACGGCAACGGCGCUCGCAAUUGCCGCCCGCCGUGUAAUUUCAAGCCAAAGGCGCAGGACCAUGUUACCUCCGCGCCGGCGGAAAACUAG